GAGUCCGCGGUGGUUCGUCGUACGCUCUGUGAAAGCGCGAUACGGCCGAGUGACGAGAGUUUCUUUCUCCUGUUCGACGUUGCCGUCGGCCGCGUAGCUGCGCGAAGCGAGGCAAGACGCGCGCUCUCGCCCCGGGCCUCGACCGAAAGCAUUGGCAAAGCGCAUUUCUCGAACAACACUUGCACAGCCACCCGAUGCCCAUAACUGAUUGCCAAAGGUGGAUCGAAGCAAACAAAAAAGGACAAUACUCGGAAGUGCACAAAGGCGUUACGAGCGAAUGACUCACGCGACUCGGCUGACAAAGAAAGCCAAGCGAAUGUUUCGCACUGAAUGGAAAAAUUACUUUCAGCGAUCGAAAACCAGACUGAAGAAUGCUGAAAAUCGGCUUCGUUGGCGGUGGCAAAAUGGCCCAGGCUCUCGCCAAAGGCUUCAUCAAAGCAGGUUUAACAAAAGGAGAAAUGAUAGUUGCCAGUUGCCUUCCGAGUGACAAAUUAUCAAUAAAGGAGAUGGAGGCGAUAGGAUCCAAGGCAGUGUUCACGAACGCCGAGGUGGCCCGGCACGGCGACGUCUUGGUGAUCGCGGUCAAGCCGCAAGCGAUGAAAGUGGUGCUGCCGGAGCUGAAGGAGAGCAUGGCCGACGGAAAGAAGCUACUGCUGUCGAUCGCCAUGGGAGUGUCUCUGGGCACGCUGGAGAAGAACUUACCGAGCGGCACGCCAGUGGUGAGGGUCAUGCCGAACAUCCCGGUGGUCGUGGGCCAAGGCGCGACGGUGUUCGUGCGAGGUAGCCACGCGAGCCAGGAGCACACCGAGAUCACCAGGAGACUGUUCUCCGCCGUGGGCCUGUGCGAGGAAGUGGCCGAGAGCAUGAUGAAUCCCAUCACCGCGCUCGCCGGCUCGGGACCCGCCUACGUUUACAUGAUGAUCGAGGCUCUGGCCGACGGGGCGGUCAAGAUGGGCCUGCCCAGGGACCUGUCCUACAAGCUGGCCUCGCAGACCGUCCUCGGCGCCGGCAAGAUGGUCAUGGAGACCAACAUCCACCCGGGCGUGCUCAAAGACGACGUUUCCUCGCCGGCAGGUUCGACCAUUACCGCGAUCCACGCCCUCGAGAGAAACGGUUUCCGAGGCAGCCUCAUCGAGGCCAUCGAGGCCGCGACGAUGAGGUGCGAGGACUUCAAGCCGUACGACUGAAGAUUGUCGCGCGACGCAGUCAGCGGGUGCUUUUUAUCAUCGAAAACGUGGAGACUGAUCGGUUAUUCGUCGAGUAGGAGAAUAUAUCUCAAUGUCCAAGCAAAUUCUCUCCUUUAUUAUUGAUCAAAGUGAACAACCCACUGCUAGUCAAUGUAUAUCUCGAAUCUUGAUUAGUAUCAUGCUAGUAGGUAGGUGUACAUACGUCUUGCAAGGUAUUUCAUGAUUCAUACGUCCUGUGCUCGUCUGUAUUGUUUGUAAGUACCUUUUAUUUUUUAUCCUUAAUCGUUUUUUUCUCGGAGAUGUCACUUGUAAUUUUCAUUGCUUUGGGCACUUUCUACGUUAGAGCCAUCGGACGUUGAACAAACACUGAGGUAAAAAAAGAAAUUGAUUGUUUGUCAUUAUCUUACCAAAGAAUUGUGCGUGCUCUGAAAAGACCAUGUGCAACAUUUAUUUUAAGAAUCAAUGUCAAAUAAUUAAUUCAUUUUUACAUCUUCAAGCACGCCUGGUGUCCGAUAUAUCACGCCCGAUGGCUCUUACGUAUAAAGACCCUUAAAACUUUUACAUCAAAAAUCUUCAAAUUUUUUUAUGUAAUCUACGUUGAACGUAGCACUUAUCGCAAAGUCUG